CGCACGCACACACACUCACACACACACAACUGUUGCAGUGCUUGUGUUGAGCAUCUCCUGAACCAGAUGGGUUAGUGGAAGGAAGGACUGGACUUUUGCCAAAUGGUUUACCGUCCUCAGCUCAGCUGAUUCGGGGUGCCAUGUCAUCUCUUGGUGUUGGUCCACUUUAUUUUGCUUUCCAAAGUAAUUCACGCUUUCUCCUUUUGACAAGUCCUAUGGAGAUGGUGAUGUCAUUUUCAGCAGGAUUUGGCACAUUAUGCCCACGUUUCCAAAAGUAUCAAUACCAGAUUGAUCAAUAUCAUAUCGCCGUGAUAGAUUGGCCUUGAAACUCACAUGACCUAAACGCUAUAGAUGAUUUACGGAGUAUAUUGGGAAGAGGAAGAUGAGGGACACCAGAGCCACCAUUAAAGGACUUCUUUAACAGCUCAACCGCAGAUUGUACUUUUCUUUAGACAUUUCUGUUUUAAAUGUUUCUCAUUGGCUUUGUUAUUUUUUUCUCUAAGUUAUCAAAAAUCACUGUCCCGAAAUGUCAAAAAGUUGCUGUUUUUUUAUCCGACUUUUUUUUUAAAAGUUAUUUAAACACCUUUAUGACUCACUGAUGUAAGUUUGGAGUGAAAAGUCGCUUUAAUGAACACUUCAUUCUCUAAAGCUAGAUUUAUGACGCUGUGUCCAAAGUUUGAACAUUGUUUUCUCGCUCUCUCUCGUGCGCUCAUCCAACCUGCGCGCGCUUCUCCAUCCCUCCCUCUCUCCACUUCAAAGCUGCACUUCAAAGUCAGUCUCCACACACGAGCUGUUCUUUCGCAACAUCCUCGCCACCAUCACGAUGCCUCGAGGAUUCUUGGUAAAACGGAACCGCCGAGGUUCGGCGACGUACCGCGCACGAAGCGACGGCACCGGUACACCUGAAGCGCCCAGCUGUGACCGGAGUCGCUCGCAGGCUGAGAGCUACGGUUCAGUGAGACUCUUCAAUGACCUUCCAGGUGGAGCAUCGCCGGAACUCCGCGAGAAUCCGGGCAGGGAGGCGUGGAGCCCUCACGUGGAGCCCGCGGUGGAGGCUGAGGCUGACCCGCACGCGCAGUUACCGGAGACCGAGGUGGACGUUUUGAGUGUGGACGGUGACUUCCCCUGUUUCUACCCACAUCCACCUCCACACGAGCCGACCAUAAACAAGUCCUGUAGUCCAGUCAAACCAGUGGGAACGAGGCUGCUGGAGCAGCACGUGGAGAGCGAACAGCAGCCGUGCUCCUCGGUACCGGAGCUACCGGACCUGCCGUUCCUGGUUAGCGCCGCACCGACCUCUGUGUCCGCUUCCAUUGAGAGGCUGCUCGCAAGCGGUGGCGGCGGCAGCAGCAGCAACAACAACCGUCUCCACGCGCAGUCAUAUGGUCACAACGAUAAGUACGACCCGAAUCUGGCUCACGUGCACUUGUUCCCGUCUCUGACCCUGAUGGGUCAAGAGAGCGCCACAAGAAAGCGCUCGUACCUUGAUCCGGACCACCAGAACAAACUCAGCACUAAGCAGACGAAGAAACCCAAACCGAACCGGAGACAGAACUUCGAGGAUGAGGUCACCACGUCUCCGGUUCUGGGUCUGCGCAUCAAGAAGGAGAGUCCGGAGCUGAGGAGGUCUGCUCACACCGGGACUCAGCCGCUCGGAGAGUUUAUCUGCCAGCUCUGUAAGGAGGAGUACCCCGACCCUUUCUCCCUCGCGCAGCACAAAUGCUCCCGCAUAGUGCGCGUGGAGUACCGCUGCCCCGAGUGCGACAAGGUCUUCAGCUGUCCCGCCAACCUGGCCUCCCACCGGCGCUGGCACAAACCGCGUCCGGUGAACAACCAGGGUAUCGAAGGUCACGCGAACCGGACCCAGCCGCUAAAGGAGGCUCGAGCCUUCGUCACGCACGAGCGGCAGCCGCUGGACUUGGAGGGAAAGGAGAAUGAGUUGCUGCGCGCGCACACCAAUCAGCACCUGGACAGCUCCCGCGUGCUGCUGCUCCACGGUCGCACCCGAGACAAUCCCGAUUCCUCCUCCACUCACUAUCGGAACCCGGACCUGCAGCCGCACGUGAGAGCCGCGGACAGCCCUCCGUCCGGACUCCUGCGUCUAACCCCAGGCGAGCAGCAGCAACAGCCGCCGCUGACCUUCGUCCGGUCCUUAGCGGAGGAGGAACUGUACGAGUGCCGCUACUGCGGGAAGAAGUUCCGCCGGCAGGCUUAUCUGAAGAAACACCUGGCCGCACACGAGAUGACAGCGCGCGCUUCACCAACCCCAUCGUCCUACAGCCAAGCGCGCGACAGCGGCAGUGUCCAGAGCGGCCAGGUGUACCUGUGUCACCUGUGCGGCGCGCGGUUCCCGUCGGUGGAAAUCCGGGACAAGCACCGUGUGUGGCACGCGAUGAGGGACGAGCUGCUGGCGGAAACGCUGGGGGGAGCGCUGGCAGCGGACGGGUUCCACGCGCACAGAGAGGAGGGCAGCGGCGGGGAGCGCGAGCAGCAGCAGAUCUUCACGUGCAAGUACUGUCCGUCCACGUUCUUCAGCUCCCCUGGGCUCACGAGACACAUCAACAAGUCUCACCCCACCGAGAAUCGGCAGGUGAUGCUGCUGCAGAUGACAGUACGACCAUAAAAAAAGGAUCAGACUGAUCGAUUAUCAAUGACAGGAGCCAAACUUAAAUGUAGAUUUUGUUUUGUGUAUUCGGACUAAGCUGUCCCUGUGCCUUUAAUUUAAAACUUAAUUCCGUUUUUCUGAUCAACACGGUAAACAAAAGUAAUCUUCAAUUAUAUAUUCUGUAAUGAAAUGCAAGGCAUUAAAAUCUACAUGGAGAAAUUUAAAUAGAGUAGAGGGUCGCUGUCCUUGGUGCUGAAAAAGCCGAUAAACCGGUGUGGACUUUGAAGAAAUUCCUUAAGUUGAUAAAAAGAAAAUUACGGUAACGUGUUUUGAUAAAGUUUCAGCUCCAUGAUAUUUUCAUACAGAAACAAAGCAUUCAAUGUAACAACAGAAUGCUACAUAAUUCAUAUCAGUAUUGAUUUUAAAAUGACUAGUUAAAAACACAACCGCAGCUCCUAGAAGCCUGUACAGAUCUAUUUUAAUAUGUUCUACGUUCACUGUGUAACUGAUUCCAAGCUACCGUCAAUAAACAUAUUGAUGAUCACCUUUUUCUGUCACAUCAAUAAACAUUCAGGAACCACAGGUACAAAUCCUUUAUUGUUUAAGUCCAUUGUUGCACAUUGACACUUUAUUUUGUGUUUGAAACAGUUACACUGUUUACAGGUUUGGUGAGUUUGCGAGCAUGUGUGUGUGUGUGUGUGUGUGUUGAUAACAUGCAGUUAGUGCUGAAAUGCAGUUUCUUUUUACAUCAGUAGUUACAAACAUCUGCCAACAUGUGGACAUCCAGAGCCUACAGAGGCGGCGGAUAAUUCUGCUGCAACUUAAAUGCGACUUUUUUCCUCAUCUCACAUAAGAAACAUUUUUAUUUUAUUUUGGUUUAUGCUAAUCAGGUUUUAAACUGAGUAUUGUUAAAUUAUUUUCCAGGGAAAUGAUUAAGAAAGGGACAAAUUAUUACAUGAUGAGCAUGCAGGCAUGGGCAGAUUUAAGUACUGGGAUGGCGCACAUGUCCAGACAGCAGAAUUCAUAACAAUAAAUUGUAUUUUGACUUCUAAAAAUAAUUUAAAGGGGACCAGCACUCAGUUUAACUCUAAAACACAAAGGAAACAUUUAAUCGGUCUUUAUUAAAAAAUGGCAUUAAAAAAAAAAAAAAAAAAAAAAA